AUGUUGGGACGAUGGAGUUGCUUUAUUUUUCCGAUUCUGCUUCUGAAUAUCGACGGCAAUGUUUCUGACAAUUUGAAAGACAGAAUUGAAAGUAAGUUUUUUUUUGAAAAACGGUAAAUCACAAGUUUAAAAAUAUCCCUUAAAAUUUUUACUGGCAAAAUACCACAUUUUUAAAAUUUUUUUACUAAACUUAAUUUUAAGUAAAAGCGCUUAUUUAGAGAUAAUGGAAAUAAAAGCCGAAAACUACACGAUCAAUUUGUCGGCCGAAGAAAAAGAGUUAUUUUUGGGUGAAGCUAACCUAGACUCUCAGAAUUCGACCAGAACCAAAUUGGUAAUGCAAAAUGAACAGAUGUUUUCAAAGCUAUUGCACCUUCUCCAAGAUUCAUUUUCGGAUUCCGGAGAGGUUACCGAAACUGCAAGCAACUUUUUAAUCCAUGUAAGACUUUAAAAUUAAACCCUUCAUUUUAAACAAGAGUAAAAGUUUUCAAUGUUAAAACCCAUUUUUUGAUACUAAUGAUCUAUUUUCUAAACAUUAGCUGAAAAAAUGCAUUUUAAAAUAAAAAAAAAUGUUAAACAUUUGUAACAUAGGUAAUGAAAAAUUGGCCAAAAGUUAUAUCUGAUGCCAAGGAUACCCAAUUAUACGAUGGUCUUCUGAAAGAUUAUCAAAAACUGAUGCAGUCGGAUCAGCAGAUUGUCAACGCCAUCUACCCGGACAUGAUCAAGACGCUGAAUCUAGCUUAUUGGAACUCACUGUUGCUCAAAAUACCACCAUUGCAUUCAUAA